UGAAAAACUCUUCUCGCGUUUAGUGCAUACACUUAAUAAAUUACGCAAUGCAUUUAAAACAAAUAUUUUCAAUUAAGUUCGUAUUUCAUAUUAUUUUGGUCAAAGGCUUAAUUGAAUCGUCUAAUGCGGAUAAAAAUAAUGAAACUCUACACGAUUGUAAUACCAGCGGCGAACCCAGUAUAUGUGUUCCUCAUACCUUUUGUAAACCCAAAAAAAAUAUUAUUCAUUUCUACGAUGAUCAAUGCGAUAGAGAUGCGAAUGGAAUUCUUCAGAUUUGCUGUUUAAUGUCGAAUUUAUUAGUACGCGUUGUGAAAGAGGAACCUGCGACAACUAAUAAAACCUUAGCCAAGGAAAUGUGUGAUCGAUAUUAUACUUCUAGGAAAUCGAUAACUCAUGGCAAAAAAGUCUUAGUGAGAGAAUUUCCAUUUAUGUACGCUUUAGGAUGGAAGGCCAAAAAGGACAACGAAACAAUCCGGUACAAAUGCGGCGCGAGUCUUAUCUCAGCCAGAUACGUCCUUACGGCUGCUCAUUGCUUUUACGAUAACGACGGUUUGCCUUCUGUUGUGCGAGCGGGUGGUAUAAGCCUUGCUGAUCCUAAUGUACAAAAUAUUGAAAUCGCCGAGUGUAUCGAACAUCAUGAUUACGAAUAUCCAUCAUCCUAUAAUGACAUAGCAUUAGUCAAACUGGCCGAGUAUAGAAUCCCAACUUCUAAAUUUGAAGGAGCAGCAUGUCUUUGGACACCUGAUCGCAUAGGUGAUACCGAUAAUGCAAUUGUUUUAGGCUAUGGACACACCUCUUUCGCCGGUAUUGCGUCUGAAGAUUUGUUAAAAGCCACUCUGAAGGUUUAUACGCAAAGCCAAUGUGAACAAGAUUAUCCACCUGACGAGCUAUCUCGUAAUCUUAGGAACGGUAUAUCAAAAGAUUUUAUCUGUGCCAUAGAUCCAGAGAAUCUAAGAGACACUUGCCAAGGUGAUUCUGGUGGACCCCUUCUCGUAUUAAUCAAUAGAAUACCAUUUAUUGUUGGUGUCACAUCAUUUGGUGUUGGCUGUGCAUCAGGAAUGCCUGGAAUCUACACAAGAGUCUCCGAAUAUACUUCUUGGAUCGAAAAAAUCAUUUGGCCCGAUAAUUUUUAACAUUGUAAACUAAUUAUAUUUCAAGAAAAGUCUAACUUAUUAGAA